GCUACGGCUCUACGGAUGUGUGUUGGGUGGGUGGGCCAUAGUUCAGUCGUUAGUUGCGUUGCAUUGCGUGCGGUCCGAGGCUCCGCUGCCAAUUUGGAAUCCGGUCUAGAAGCUAGUACUUUAUUCUGAGCAGCAGUGCGUCUUCGUUGCCAAAUCGAAGCCCAUCGAGAUGGAUACCCACAAGGAAGCGGAGGCGAACGAGAAGUUCAUAGUGAAGUAUCGCCAGCAUUAUUACGAUCUGUCCAGGUUUAUGCACAAGCAUCCGGGCGGCAUAAACACUUUGAAGGGUCUCAAUAGCGGGGACAUGACUGCUCGCUUCCUGAAGGCUCCGCCACAUUCGGAUGCAGCCAUGUACCUGAUGAGGGAGUACAAGAUCGAACCGGAGGACUCUCGAAAAACCAAGACAAGCCACAAAGAAGCUGAGCUUCAGAACGGAGAUGCAGACCUACGACAGCGGACGAGGGAAACCGAGGACAAGAACAACAACCAGGUGGACGAGAGCAUGGAGCACUUGGUGGACUGGUCCAAGGCAAUGCUUCCUCAGAUCGCCAACAUGACGGAUUGCUACGAUGAGUGGGUGCACAAGCCGGUGGACAGGCCACUGCGACUCUUUGGUCCUUGGUACUUGGAGAUGUGCACGAAGACGCCGUGGUGGUUGGUGCCCCUGUUCUGGAUUCCAGUCAUCAUCCGGUGUGCGUGGGAAGAGCUCGCCAGCAGUUGGCAGGAUAAGAACCAGCUCACGUCGUUCGUCGGCUACUUUUUGUUUGGAGUGCUCCUGUGGACCUUCCUGGAGUACACACUCCACCGCUGGGUGUUCCACGUCAAACUGAGCAGCAACAGCGGAAGUUGGAUAUGUACCUUCCACUUCAUGAUCCAUGGACUUCACCACAAGGUGCCCUUUGAUCCAAUGCGCUUGGUGUUUCCGCCUCUUCCGGGAGCACUGCUCGCCACGAUUAUAUACAUGCCACUCAGCUUCAUCCUCUUGAAUCCGCGAGUUGUCCUUUCCGGAGCUUUGACCGGGUAUCUGUGCUACGACAUGAUCCACUACUAUCUACACUACGGAAAUCCAACCACGCGUGCCUUUGUGCACAUGAAGCGAUAUCACCAGCACCACCAUUUCUCGCACCAAACCCUCGGUUACGGGAUCAGCAGUCCCUUGUGGGAUGUUGUCUUCAAGACGAGGAUACACCUUCGCAAACUGAGAUACCAAUUGCGCUGGUCCUAACCGCAAUCUAUUGCUAUCACACAGUGCUAUUAUAGAACAAAUUACACUCAGUUAAAAGUGCAACAGAGUUGCAGCCGGAACAAAAUUUGAAUUUGGAGAAUUCGGUGUAGGCUAAAUACUGAGAAUUAGGAUUAAGAAUAAAUUGUAAGAUUUCUAUUUAACAGGAAUAAAUGUCCAAUAAU